AUAUUUUACAGUUAUGGCGAAAUCACCUGAGGAAGUGCACCCAGUGAAGGCCAUUGGAUGGGCAUCAAGAGAUGCAUCCGGAGUUCUAUCUCCUUUUCAGUUCUCUAGAAGAGCAACUGGUGAAAAUGAUGUUUCUUUCAAGGUUCUGUUUUGUGGGAUAUGUCAUUCAGAUCUUCAUCAGAUGAAGAAUGAAUGGGGCAAUAGCAUUUUCCCCAUGGUUCCUGGACAUGAGAUUGUUGGCAUUGUGACUGAAAUUGGUGAGAAGGUAGAGAAAGUUAAGGUUGGUGAUAAGGUUGGUGUGGGAUGUAUGGUUGGUUCUUGCAAUUCUUGCAACAGUUGUUGUCAAGAUUUAGAGAACUAUUGUCCAAAGACAAUUUUCACUUAUAACUCAAUCGACCAAGAUGGGCAUCCUACUUAUGGGGGAUAUUCUAACAUAAUGGUCGCGAAGGAACAUUUCAUCGUGAAAAUACCAGAUGGUCUCCCUCUGGAGGCAUGUGCUCCACUUCUUUGUGCAGGAAUCACAACUUAUAGCCCAUUGCGGUUCUUCGGGUUGGAUAAGCCUGGAUUAAAUGUGGGUGUUGUCGGUCUUGGUGGGUUAGGCCAUUGUGCUGUUAAGUUUGCAAAGGCUCUCGGUGUUCAUGUUACUGUUAUCAGCACAACUCCUGGCAAGAAGAGUGAGGCGCUUGAUCGGCUUGGUGCUCACUCGUUCUUAGUUAGUAGUAACCCUGAUGAGAUGAAGGCUGCCAUUGGUACACUUGAUGGAAUAAUUGAUACUGUCUCUGCACCACACGGUCUACAUCCUUUGUUAUCUCUGUUGAAGUCCCAAGGAAAGCUUGUACUUGUUGGUGCGCCAGAGAAGCCACUUGAAUUUCCUGCAUUUUCUCUACUAGGGGGGAGAAAGGUUAUUGCUGGGAGUUGUAUCGGGGGCAUGAAGGAGACACAAGAAAUGAUUGAUUUUGCUGCAGAACAUGGUGUAACAGCGGAUGUUGAGAUUAUUCCGAUUGAUUAUGUGAACACUGCGAUGGAACGUCUGGUGAAGGGUGAUGUUAGAUAUCGAUUUGUCAUUGAUAUCGGAAACACUCUUAAGUCUGCAUAAUAAUAAAUCACCUUGAUCACAACAAUGGGGUGUUAUGUUGGAUUUUAAUGUUUUUUAUGGUGUUUUAUGUUUGAAUUGCAUUUCAUUUUCAUUUUGAGGUUGGGAACUUUUAUCUAUUGUUAACAUUGCAGUGCUUGAAUGGUUUGAAUGGUUGUUUUUUGUUUCAAA